AUUAUUGGCAAUAUAAAUAUAUUAUGGAUAUACCGCCAAUAGUGAGGUGUGUCCUAAAUAGAAUAGAUGGUAGUAAUUUAGGGCGGUUUUCUAGAACAAUACCCAAAGAAGCUUUCACAACUAAGGAGUGUACCACAACAGAGGAUAAUACAAAGCCAAAGGGGUGCUCUGGUAACUCCAAUGGAGCCCCUAGGGAUCUUAAAGGGCAUAAGAAACCGUCUUUAAAUGUAAAUAGUGAACCGUGGACUUUAGCGGAGGCUCCUGGAGCUUCUACACCAAAGAUAGAGAAGGGUGAAGUAUUAACAAAGCCUAACAAAGAAGCAAGGAGGAAAUCUCUUACUUUUAAACCUUUAACCUUGUCCAAGUUGAUAGAAGCUGAUAUAGCAGAGACAGCAACCCUUAUAAAGUCACUGGUGAUAACUCCAGGAGCAUCUUGUGAGAUACAUGAUUGCUUUGAUCGUAACAUAGAAACAUUGGCACAAACAUCAUUGCAUCGACCGAUAAAUCUCAGUAAAAAGGUUUUAAAAGUUGUAAUCGCACGUGUGAAUAGUAUAUUAGACCUCUUCUCCUUUACGGAUUCAACCAAGUUAAUAUUCGCAUUGGCUCACCUGGAUACAAGGCUUAUACCAAUAUAUCAGCCACUCAUCACGCACUAUAUAUAUUGCUUGAACAAUCUAGUCGAUGGGACGUCAAAACUUGCGCCACAGAUAGAAAAUGGAAUUCGAUAUGUAUCCAAAUCAGUGGGAAGUAACACCUCGGAUAUAUCAGAUGAUGCUAGUGAUGUAUCGUUAAACAGUAUCAAUAACAAAUGCGUUGCAUUACACUGUAAUAAAGUGGUACCAUUGACUCAGUUACCAAACAAUAUCGUAGAAUCCAUUGCCGUGGUGAUUACUAGUGUCGAAAUAUUAGCUAGAAACAUUUUACAAAUUAGACCUACUAAACCUCAGGAUGUGGGUAUUAGGACCAAUGCAUUGGAUGUAUUCAAAAACGAUGAUAUAUCAGAUAAGGGAAAUGUAUCGAUUAGAGACCGUAUGGAUCCCACUUCACUUGACGGUGGCAGCCGAAACAAGUCUACAAACGGCCCGGCUAAUGGAACUCAAGAGAAUAGUAUAGCCAAAACUGAUAGCCCAUACAUGAUAUCCAUGGAUCAUUGUUUCUUUGGAAGCAUUGAAGAUCUAACAAGACAAUGGACUACAAAUGAAACUCUAGGGAGUACUUUUAACAGCUCAGUUAUUGAAGCACCAGACAUAUCAGAUUCAGAUCUGUCUAGUAUGUUCAAAUGGCUACAAACUUGUGCGAUCCAGUUGUCAUCAACGUUAGAACGAUACUUGCAAAUGAUAGGAACACGUGAUAAUACCUAUUUACUGCCUAUAGCACAACUUAUGGGAACUAUUACACUCCAAUUGCCAACUAUGUGCGAAUAUGUUUUUAGCAACGUGAAUCUUGAUGUUAUGGACGGGACUGAGCUACAUGAUUUCAUACAUGCCUGUGCAUUAUCGAUGAACAUACAUCAGGUAGAUCUAAGCAACGUGAUAAAGAAAUGCAUGAACAAGCUGAUGGAUAGGAGUUAUAUGCCGGAAUCCGCCAAGGGCGUAUCUAAGGUUUUUCAUAGCCUGUACCUCACAGGGAAAAUGGAUACCGAAUUAAUGACGGCCGUAACAAAUCAUAUGAUAGAACAUAAUAUGGAAUUUAGAAAUUAUACUGAAUUCUACAGAAUUGGGAUACCAAUAGCAAUUGCAGGCUUGAUUGUCGAUCAACGGAUAUGCCAAUGGAUUCUCAGCCAUAUGGCAUCGAAUGCCCAAGAGUUCGCCAAAGUAAAAUCGCACUACCUAUUUCUAUUAACCGCUAUCGCAAACAACAUAGAUGUCAAGUAUAAACCCGUUGAAAAAAUAGGAUUACAAGUAGUCUCUAUGGAAACGGAUAUAUACGAGAAAGCUGAAGUGCACCUCAGACAACAUGAUGGAGAUAAAGCAUGCUUCCCGAACACCCGAGCAGCAGUGGUACAUCUUAUAGACAUGGCUAACGGAUUCAUAGAGUCAAGCUCACACGAUGAAUUAAUACAGAUACUGCUCCUAAACUGUGUCAAAAGGUUUAAACCUAAUGCAAGAAUCAAGUUCGCAUUACUAAAAGAAGCGAAGCGACGUGUAAAUGAAAUGCAUUGUGGUGGUAUAACGCACGUGAUGCAGACAUUAUUCACACUCUUUAGCCCUAAUUCGCCAGAGCUUAUCGAUGUUAUGACAAUGUACCUAGAUCGUGUAGUGGCGGAAAUAACACAAUACAACACCGGAGAAAUCGCACAAAUUGAAGCACCGGGACUAUUUAGUAUAACAUUGUUUCAAGACGUCAAUAUACUGGCCAACAUGCUGUCAAUAUUCGAUAGGUGCAACCUUAACAGAGGAGACCUUGCAACCCAAGUGGUAACACUGCUGGAGCGACAUAAGUACCAACAGCUGGAAAACGCUCACUGUCAAAGCCUUAUAGAUAUCAUACACUUCCUCGCAUUCUCACUGGAUCAGCAUGAAGCAAUUGAUAUAAUCGCAAUUUUAUUGCACCAAAGGAUUGAAAGUGUUGAAUUAACAGCAGGACAACUAGCAGCAAUUGCUGAAUGCUUUAUCGCAGCACCAAUGGCAUUGAAUCCAAUGAAACAUCCCGCACUUAUAACGUCAAUCAAACUAAAGGCUAAAACUGCAAAGGGUGAAGUGAAAAUACUUGAGAAAGUAUUAAAGAAACUUGAUAACCCAUCCACUUCAAUGUGAAUUCAGCAAAC